GUUUGUCCCAUUAUCCCCCAUUACAACCGAACUUGAUGCCUGCAAUAUUUAGAUGAGAAAUGCUGGGGUUGUAGUCAUUGAGUUUUAAAGAGGAGGGCUUAUUCAAUAGUUGAGAUCUUAAACAAUGGUAGUUACCCUUCAAUAUAUUUGUGUUUAGCAUGCUUGCUGAUGGUUGACUGAGACUUAAACACAUCUGUUAGACUCAGUUCCAUGAAUUUAGAUCAAUUUACAACUGACAAUGGUUUCAUUUGUUACUUUAAUAACCAUAUAACUUGUAUUGGAAAAUUAGAGAAUCGGUUUUAAUUGUUGAAAAUUGGGAAAACUAAUUAAAAACCAGUAAAAUUGCUUUUGUUUUUUAUUAAGUUUGGAAAAUUUUAAGUAAUUUUCCCGGGAAUUCAUUUGAAGUUUACUUUUGAUUGGUAUAGGUUUUUAAAGCAAUGCUAAACUUGCAGGAAAGAAUUAAAACUUGGGUGACUAUCUCCUAGUUUACCCAAAGAAAAUGUAAAGCAUAAAGGAAUAAAAUAAUUCGUCAAAUUACCAUUGGAGCGUUGACCCAGAAAAUCUACGUUCAUAUCAUUCGGUUUGACCCGGUGAUCAUUGCCCAUUUUGGAAGGUGUUCAAUAACAACAAUUACAAAGCAAAAUUCAGCAUCCCUUGGGCAUACGGCAUCUCUGCAAACUUUAAUCGCAGAUCCCAGUUAAAUACUCUCUCUACAUUAACGAAAAGCUUCAUGGAUUACACAUCUAGAAGGCGAGGUCAAGGUGGCCUUUUUGAAUGUCUCUAUAGAGUCAUCAUGCGACGUAACUCCGUCUACGUUACCUUCAUCAUCGCCGGCGCUUUCCUCGGUGAACGGGCUGUGGAUUAUGGAGUUUAUAGGCUCUGGGAAUACAACAAUGUCGGGAAACGUUACGAAGACAUUCCAGUGCUAGGACAGAGGCAAUCAGAGGAAUGAAAUCAAUGAUCCUUGGGGUAUUUUUGAAGUUGUUAUUGAGGAUUGGGUUUGAGCUAGGUAGCAAUGCUCGAUGUUAGAAUAAAAUGGUAUUUCUUUUGGCGGGACAUAUUUGUUCUCAACACUGAGUUGCUUGAAUUGUCUUUGGAAAUUUUGGAUAAUAAAGAAAAGUGGAUGGGUAGCAUAACCCUGCAAUUUGUGAAUGUUGAUUGUAACAUCAAUCUCAGCAUAAAUGAGAGAAGUUGAACUCA